AUGAUAACUGAAAGUGAUUUAAAAGACUUAGGUUUAGAUUACUAUGAUUUAAAUCAAUUUAAAGGUCUUAAGAGAAUUGGUAGAGGAGGGUUUGCAGAUGUGUACUAUGCUGAAUUAAUGAACUUGAAUUUAAAGCAUGUUGCAUUGAAAAAUUUCAGGUUAGUUGAAGAAUCUGAAGCUUCUCGAAAGAUUAUAUUAAAGGAGUCAAGUUAUGCGUUGGUAUUAGAGUUCGCAGAUAGUGGUACAUUAAGAAAUUAUUUAAAGGAAAACCCAAAACUCAGUUGGUCCGAUAAGUUCCGUCUCGCUCUACAACUUGCCGAAGCUAUUAUGCAUAUGCAAUUAAAAGAUAUUGUCCACAGAGAUCUUCAUUCAAAUAACAUACUAAUUCACAAAACCAAUAUUAAGAUUGCUGACUUUGGUCUGUCUAGAUGUUUGUCUGAUGCAUCAAGGACUAGCACAGGGCUUGCUGGCUAUUUAGCAUACAUUGAUCCUCAUAUCCUUAUGAAUUCUGAGAAUAAAUUACAGGAAAUAAAUAAGGAGUCUGAUAUAUACAGCUUAGGUGUGCUCUUAUGGGAAAUAUCCAGUUUACGUCUCCCGUUUGAGGAUGCAGAUAGAAGCGGUCUGUAUAUUAAGAUGUUAAAUGGUUGUAGAGAGACUCCCAUCGAAGGAACCCCACCACAAUAUUCUGCUUUAUACACUGAAUGUUGGCAUGAUGAUCCGAAAAAACGUCCUACAAUUGAUAAAGUCAAUGCAGAUAACAAGUAUCUUCAGCGAAAUGAAGCACGAAAUGAUGAGAUAAAAACACAAAAUGAUACUACGAUUGAAAAAAUAAAAAAUGAUUUAGAGCUACAAUAUCAAAUCGCCAUUAUUAGGGGAGAUUUGCUAGAAAUGAAAAAGUUCAUGCAUGAAAUGUCUGAUAGUAAAACUGGUUCAGAGAAAAAUACCUUUACAAGCAUCAAAAGAAUUAGGGAUUUAAACGUUCGUUAUCAACGAGGCCUACGUAAAGGCGCUGAAGUCUCAAUUGAACAUCAAUCCUUUUUAAGACUAGAAGAUUACGAACCUAAACGCGAUUGUCCACCGCGUGGUAAGACCAUACAUUGUAGAUGGAGUCAGGCGACCCUUUCAGAAUAUGCAUUUAAAGAAGUUUUUCAGAUUACCGAAGAUCAAAAAAAAGACCUUAGUCAACAAUUUGCUAUUCUAAAAGAAUUAAAAGAUUCAGAACACAUUAUUAGGUUUUUUGGAAUUGUGUCUUCUGAUGAUUUAAAAUAUUUUCUAGUGACAGAGUGGAUGGAAAAUGGUAAUUUGCGAGAUUAUUACAAAAAUAAUAGACUGGAUUGGAGUAAGAGAUUUGAAUUUGCAAUUGAUAUUUGUAAAGGAAUUGCUUUCUUGAAUUCUCAAGAGAUUCUGCACCAUGAUAUCAGAGGUGCAAACAUAUUAAUAAACCGUGAUCAUAAAGCUAAAAUUGCCAACUUCGGUUUAAGUCGUAAGUUCGGAGAUAUUACCAGGAAUAUACAAGUUAGUCUUGAGAAUGUGAGGUAUAUGGCACCUGAGAAAUUAGAACAUGGCGAUAAAAAACGAUAUAAUGUUAGAUGUGAAAUUUAUAGUUUAGGAGCUCUUUUAUGGGAAAUUGCUGAAAAAGAGAUACCUUAUACCAGACUAGGAAUAGAUUUGCAGACUAUUCGGGACCGUGUUGUUAAAGAGAAGUAUCGUGAACCAUUUUCUUCAAAUGUACCCAAAGUUUGGCAGGACAUUGCAUAUGCAGCUCUAAAUCAUGAUCCAGAUUUCCGUCCAACUAUUGCUAAAAUAUUCACCGUCCUUUAUGAUUAUCAUCAAAAAGAGGAACAAAAAAUCCCAUAUAUGGAUGAAUUUGAAGAUGCUUUUAUAAUUGAUGGUGAUGAUAUAAUGAGUGUAGAUCGAGCAAUUAAAGAACACCGAAAACCCGACGGAAAUAAGCAAAAAGCAUGGGAUAGCUUUAAGGUCCACGCUGAACAGGGUGACAUGAUUGCCAGAUACUGGGUUGGUUAUUAUCUGUAUCAUUCCAUCCUUCCUGAACAUAAAGAUAAAGAAAAUCGGCAAGGAAAUCUCCAACUUGCGGCAGCAUUGUUUAAAGAAGCUGCAGAUCAUGGUAAAGUUGAGGCUCAACUCCGAUACGGAUUCUGUUUGUGGCAAGGUGACGGUGUUCAGGUCAAUUGGGAUGAGGCUAUAAGAUACUUAAAGUUAGCAGCUGAUAAUGGAAAUCCUACAGCUAUGUAUAAUGUCGGAAGUGCUUAUUGGAUUGGAAAAGGAGUAACAAAAAAUCAAGAAAUUGGAGCCGAGUAUUUGAGAAUGGCUGCUAAGAAGGAUCAACAUAAUGCCAUUGCUAUGUGCAAAAAACUCGGGAUUAGUUUUUGA